UCGGGGGAGUAGGAAGGAGGGGUCUCUGCGCUCAUCUUGACUCACGCACAUCGCGGAGCGCCCUGGCGUCGGCCGCACGCCUCCCUCCGGUCCCUCGUGUGAAGGCAUUUGCUGUUUGUUUGUCGUGCGCGCUUCGGAGCGCAUGUUUAUGGGCUGGCCUGGGACAAGGGAGCGCCCCAGACGAAUCAGUAAACAAGCGCAGUCGCCGCGGGAACCGCGCGCGCACUCACGCACAUGCUCGUUACGCACGGCCCUGCGCUGUGGCGAACCCCUGCGCUCCUUUUUAACGCGCUUUCAGCCAGCCCGGGACCUGCGGGUUCGGCUGCAGAGCAUCCCUUGAGAUUUGAAGGGCUGAAUAGCCCCAUAGUGAUGCGCCCCCGAUCGCCUUUCACUCGCUGCUCUCUUUCUCUCUCUGUGCCAAGGAGGAAGAGCGUGGGCGCCUAGCUAGGCAUUGCAGGGGGUGUGGGGGGGGCUGCUGCACUGUCUGUUGGCCACUGGCCCUGACAAGAGUCCAUCGGCAGGCGCCUGGGGUCCUGUCACCAUGGAAACCCUCACCGGGGAGCUUCCCACGGUAACAGUGGGACCAGGCGCGAGUGUCAAAGCAAUGGUGGUGAGGGGUAAGUGUGUGUGUGAGUGUGUGCGUGUGCGUGUGCUUUUGUGUGUGUGUGUGUGUGUGUGUGUCCAUAUGUGCGUUUGGCAGAGGGUACUGUUGGGUGUGGGUGGAUGGGGUGGUAGAGAAGGUGCUGUUUUUUUAGUGAAGGAGGGGUUGCACUGUCCCAUACACUGAAGAGACCCUUUCUUCAGACACUCACACACUGUUUCAUCUCCUGAGCUGUUAAACCACUAUCAGUUGAAGGUUCUUAUCUGCACUGGAUUCUCUUUGUUUUAUUUGAGUCAAUUGAAUCAGGAAAGAGAUCAAAUUUGGAUCUGAUUAUAGGGCUGGGUUGCUGAACAGUUAGGUUUAGGUUUAGGUUUGAUCAGGUUAUAGAUUGCCCUGAAUCACACUUGCAAAUCUGCAGUGGGCAUUGGUUGUUGUGGGAGGGUAUCAAUACCUGUUUUCACACACUGAAAAAAGCACGUCCUGUGCCUGGGUCCCAGUGCUGCCUAACGUUCCCACAGCCCCCUCUUCAUUACGGAAGGGGGAGAGGAAGAGUGGAAAAGAGAAAGACUAAUUAAAAGAGCAGAAAGAGGGAGGAGGAGGAGGAGUGAGCACAGGAUGAGACAGAGUGAAAGAGGGAGAAGAGGCUAAUUGAAAGGAAAGCAAUGACAGGGAAGAAGGGAGGGAGAGAGAGGGAGGAGGUGGUUGGGAAACGAGAGGGAGGUAGUAAGAGAUGGAGAGAGAGAGAGAGCCAAAAGUGGCAACUCUGCCAAAGUGGCCAAGUGUAGCAUUGUCAGAAUGUGGCUGUUAAAUAGUGUGUGACAGAACAAACCCGCAGCAGAGUGACACCCCCCCUGAGGAAGUGAGGGAGAGAGAGAGAGAGAGACGGAGAGGGAGGCAGAGAGGCAGGAGUUUUGGGUAUAAGUUGGUUGAAUGCCAGUGGAAGCCAAAGGAGCCGGGGGAAUCCAUGACGAACUGAGCAGCGAGGAGACGGGGGGUGGCGCGCCAGCUGAGACUUGUGAGGGUCUCCCAGAGCAGAAGAGCAGGCACGGAGGGAGAGAGAGAGCGGCCGUCACACGGAGGAGCGCGGAGCGAGAGGAAGGAGGAGGGACGCUGCGCUUGUCGGGCAGGAGGCAGGAGGAGAGAGAAAGAGGCUUGGAGGGAGGGAAGUGGCACGGGACCGUGGGUGCUGUCCCCAGAGCUGCCCGCCGAGACCGUCCCGCUCUUCUGUCCAUCCGUCCGUCCGUCCGUCCGUCCCUGAGGACCAGGAUUCGGCCUAGCCAUGAAGAGACCCCACGACUACAGCUCCCCCGACACGGAGGUGGAAGAGCUCAUCGACGUGGGACAGGAAGACAGCUACUGUCCGGUUACAGGCUCCAUGUCUCCAGGUAGUACCUCGCAAGUUUUGGCACGCAAGAAACGCAGAGGGAUCAUUGAGAAGAGGCGGAGGGACCGGAUCAAUCACAGCCUGUCAGAACUGAGACGCCUCGUCCCCAGUGCCUUUGAGAAGCAGGGCUCCUCCAAACUGGAGAAGGCUGAGAUCUUGCAGAUGACUGUGGAUCACCUCAAACUGCUCCAUGCCAUGGGGGGGAAAGGGUACUUUGAUGCCCGUGCUCUGGCGGUGGAUUACAGGACGCUGGGGUUUCGGGAGUGUGUGGGGGAAGUGGUGCGGUACCUGAGCUCGCUGGAGGGCCUGGAGGCCCCUGACCCUAUCGGAGCGCGGCUGGUGUCACACCUGAGCCACUGUGCCAGCGAGCUGGACCCACUGAUGCAGAGUCCGGCAGCCCUUCCCUUCGCACCCUGGCCCUGGGCCUCCUUCCCCCACCUCCCGACUCCGCCCCCCGCCAACUCCGCCCCCUUCCCGGGGGCCUCUCGCAGGGACCUCCCGCCCCACGCCGCUGCCCUGCUGGCAGCCUACCCCUCGCCGGCCCUGCGGGCGGCUCCCAUUGGCUGCCUCCCGGCCGGUCGUCAGGCGGCGGUCCUGAGCCCCGCCCUGGCUGCUGUGCGCAGGGUGCCCUCCCUCCCCUCCGCCGGCCCCGCCCACAGACUCUCUCAGCCCUCCUCCGAGGGUCACGGAGCUCCGCCCCUCCUGGUCACCCCACCCUCCUCCGCCACCUCGCAGGUGUCCUUCAGGCCGUUCGCUCCGCCAGGAUCCGGCUCCGCCCAGCGCGGGGGCGCGGGGAACCCCAGCAAAGCGCCGCAACCCUGGGGCACGGAGGUCGGAGCCUUCUGACCCCCGUCCGCAAGCCUCGAACGCGCACACCACCCUGGGGUUCGAGUCAGAGGACAGCAACAGAAGAAGAAACGAAGGAGCUCAACAAAGGCUCCCCACUCCCUUUAUAAUCCCUCUUACAGUCAGCAUUGCGCAAAGGGAGAUGUUCGGCCUCCGAACCUCGCCGUGACCCACAAUGCAAUGUGAGGCCUUCAGUGAAAAGCAGACUGUGAACACUCAACACCUUUCGUAUCCGGCAGGUUACCAGCCUGCCUGAACCCAGAACAGUAGAGCGGCAGCCGUGCGGAUGCGAGACACGCCUUAAAUGGACGCCGGGCAGGCUUUGUGUCAGCGUGGAUGAAAUGUUUGGGAUUUUGGAAUGCAGAUAGGAUGUGGGCAUGGAGGCGGUGCACCUGUGUAGUUCACAGACACCUAUACAUAUCAGUGUGCGAAUGGCACUGAUUUAAAACAGACUCCCACAGAUAUGAAGGUAUCUCCAAAACAACCAUGUAACAUCAAAUGUAUAUUGUUGCAUUUUCGCCUUUUAGUUUUUUUUUUUUUUUUUUGUGGUGUUGCUUAUUGUUUUUGCCACAGCAUUUAUACACAUGCUAUUAUGGAGAAUGAUAUUUUUACAUUUUUCAUUGGUUGAAUGGCUUUGUGCUGCUCAUAAGACAUUAAAAGAGAUUCUGAAAAUGACUGAAACGGAAAAAAAACUUUGAAUUGAACCAAUGUAUAAAGUUGUGUACGUGUGCUUGUGUGUCUGUGCAUGGUUUUACAUUCAUGUGUGAAUCUGUGUGUGUGUGUGUGUUUGGUUGGAAGUUUAUGUGUGUCCUUUUCAUUCUCCCAGGUCUUUUUCUACCGACGUUUUAAAAAAAGCCUAAACAAUGUAACGCCCUGCCGACCACUAGAGGGUGCUUCAGCACAUAUUUCAGACACUUACAAGCACACGUCUCUGUAACAACCCUCUGCACAGUUUCUUCCAGUUUUCAGGCUGAAAUGGACUUUGGUGUGAAGCAUGGGAAUGACUCUGCUCGCUGGCCACAGGACACUGAUUUUAUGAGUCAGUAAGAGCGAGCAGAUCGCUGUGAGCUCUCUCAUUGCCCGAACCGUGCAAUUAGGCUAACCCCAGUGUCAUUUUCUCUGGGGAGAUCCCAUCGCAAAGGCAGGCCCUCACAUCCCCACACCGCCAUUUGUUUAUUUGCUUUAUUUGAAUGCUCCCAUUUUGAGAUAAGUAGAGGUCCUGGAACAGUGUGUGCAGGAACACCAAAGCUGAUUAUAUGUUAGCCAGAGAGAGGGAUGGCUUUCAGUCUGCUGAUAGCUCCAGCGGAAGUUACAGAUGUUGGCGUACACAUGCACAAACGUGCACGUGCACGUGCCCACCCAUCAACCCAUCUCCCCCCACCACCACCACUGCCCUCACAACUGGGCACACACACUC